ACCAGGAUCUGGGACCAUUCAACGAAGAAAGGAUGCCAGGGGGGCGUAGGGGCCUGGUAGCCCCUCAAAACACGUUCCUGGAGAACAUCAUUCGACGCAGUAGCAGUCAACCCGACAGCAGUUUUCUACUGGCAAACGCUCAGAUCGUCGACUUCCCGAUCGUCUAUUGCAACGAGAGCUUCGUCAAGAUCUCCGGCUACAAUCGUGCCGAGGUUAUGCAAAAGUCAUGCCGCUGCGGAUUCAUGUACGGGGAGCUAACGGACAAGGAAACGAUCGCCAGGAUCGAGGAGUGCCUGGAGGGUCAGAUUCACGAUCAAUUCGAGAUCCUGCUGUACAAGAAGACCAGUAGCCCACGAGAGACACCAUUAUGGCUGCUGCUGCAAAUAGCGCCGAUCAAAAACGAACGAGACCUCGUGGUCCUGUUCCUGCUGACGUUUCGAGACAUCACCGCCCUGAAACAGCCCAUCGAGACGGACGACAGCAAAGGCGGUCUCUCCAAGUUCGCCAAACUCGCCAGAUCGGUUACCCGAUCGAGAUCGGUUCUGGUCUCGCAGUUCAGCUCUCAUCUGCCAGCUGUGAAAGACACAGCUGUGCCGACCACCGCCAAACAAUCGCACUUGGGUCAUAUGAUGUCCUUAAGCGGCGAUGUUAUGCCACAGUACAGACAGGAAGCACCAAAAACUCCACCGCACAUUCUACUGCAUUACUGUGCAUUUAAGGCGAUUUGGGACUGGAUUAUUUUAUGUUUGACCUUUUACACAGCCAUCAUGGUGCCAUAUAACGUCGCUUUCAAGAACAAGACCAGCGAGGAUGUCUCGUUGCUGGUUGUCGAUAGUAUCGUCGACGUGAUAUUUUUCAUCGACAUCGUGCUAAAUUUUCACACAACAUUCGUGGGUGCCGGUGGCGAAGUGGUGUCUGAUCCGAAGGUAAUCAGAAUGAACUAUCUGAAGUCUUGGUUCAUCAUAGAUCUGCUAAGCUGUCUACCGUAUGACGUCUUUAACGCAUUCGACCACGAUGAGGAUGGGAUAGGUAGCUUGUUCUCGGCGCUGAAGGUGGUACGGCUGCUACGACUCGGCAGAGUCGUACGCAAACUAGAUCGAUACCUGGAGUACGGUGCCGCGAUGCUCAUUCUUCUGCUCUGUUUCUACAUGUUGGUUGCUCACUGGCUGGCCUGUAUCUGGUAUUCGAUAGGGAGAUCAGAUGCCGACAAUGGGGUACAGUAUUCGUGGUUGUGGAAGUUGGCCAAUGUUACCCAGUCACCGUACAGCUACUUGUGGACCAAUGCCAGCACUGCACCCGAACUAGUAGCCGGCCCGUCACGCCGCACGAUGUAUGUCACUGCUCUUUACUUCACAAUGACUUGCAUGACCUCCGUGGGCUUUGGGAACGUUGCGGCCGAGACCGACAACGAGAAGAUUUUUACCAUCUGCAUGAUGAUCAUUGCUGCCUUACUGUACGCUACGAUCUUCGGUCACGUCACUACGAUCAUCCAGCAAAUGACUUCCGCCACCGCCAAGUAUCACGAUAUGCUGAACAAUGUGAGGGAAUUCAUGAAACUUCACGAAGUACCAAAGGCCCUCAGCGAGCGCGUCAUGGAUUACGUCAUCAGCACGUGGGCAAUGACCAAGGGCCUGGAUACGGACAAAGUUCUCAACUACUGCCCCAAAGACAUGAAGGCCGACAUCUGCGUGCAUCUCAACAGAAAGGUUUUCAAUGAGCACCCCGCCUUCAGAUUAGCGUCUGAUGGGUGCUUACGCGCCUUGGCGAUGCACUUCACGAUGUCGCACAGCGCGCCUGGCGAUUUGCUGUAUCACACCGGAGAAUCCAUCGAUUCUCUGUGCUUCAUCGUGACAGGCAGCCUUGAAGUUAUACAGGACGACGAGGUAGUGGCGAUAUUGGGAAAAGGCGAUGUUUUCGGCGACAGUUUCUGGACGAAUUCAUUGAUCGGUCAAAGCGCGGCGAAUGUCAGAGCGCUCACUUACUGCGAUUUGCAUACGAUUAAGCGGGAUCGUCUAUUGGAGGUAUUGGAUUUCUAUCAGGCCUUCGCCAACUCCUUCGCCAGGAAUUUGAUCCUAACUUACAACUUAAGUCAUCGGCUUAUCUUCCGAAAGGUCGCCGAUGUCCGUCGAGAAAAAGAGCUGGCCGAGAGAAGAAAGAACGAACCACAGUUGGAUCAAGCUCAGGAUCAUCUGGUUCGCAAGAUCUUCUCGAGAUUUCGCCGAGAGAAACAACACACUGCCGAUGUGGAGAAAGGUGAGAGUAAGGACACCAAGGACAGCGAGACGUCGCACUUGAAGAAGCUGUCCACUGCCGAGGAAGCUGGAACAGCCAUCGCCAAAGCGCGACCAGGCAAAUGGGGCCGUUUAUUAGGUAGCUCGAGUUUGGACUCUGGCAGCGAAUCGGGCACAGUCAGCGAUACGUUUAAAAGAUCUCUCAGCGCGAGAGACCCGCGUCCGAGUUCGAGUGCUGGCACUAACAAAGUCUUCCCGAAGAUCGGCAAGUUAGGAGGAACGAUCGAAGAAACAGCCGACAAUGCCGACAAUACGAAGGACACUCAGCAACAACAGACACAGCAGGCACAGCAACAACAGACCCUCAGUGUGGACUCGAAGCAGCUGCAACUGCGACGUCUGGAAAGCUAUGACAGUGGCCUGAUCACGCAACAACCGAGCCACGAGCGGGAGAUCCUCGCGGCGGUGCUGGAAGUCAAGGUGGACCUGAAACUCGAGGUGCAGAGGGUAAAUCAGCGGCUGGCCAAGAUCGAAGACAUGUUGCAGGCGCUAGUGAAUAGGCUACCAGCCACUGCAACACCGCCGUCCGUCGGUGGCGGCGGUGUUCAACAACCGAAGGUUCCAAACUUCGUUACGAACCAGUCGCCUACGACCACGAGCGUAACGCUGGUCCAGUGCGCGACUCAGACCACGCCAUCAAUCGCGACCACUUCGACAUCCACGACACCGAGCGAGGGUUACCGGGAGCAAUCGACGGCGACGGAGCGCAUGCCGAAGAGCCAGGAGCAUCAUCAUCAUCAUCACCAUCACCAUCAGUCGUCGUCGGAACGGCACAAGGACACUGAUAGACUGGCUGCGUCACGGGACGUCAACAAGGAGCUGCUCGAACGGCUGGCACAGGCCUCCACAUCGCGCGGGGACGACUCGAACGCCCUGGGCCCGCUGAUCCUGCGCAAGCGACGCAGCAAGUCACGCAACAAGGGUGCGGCGCCGCUCGCCCCGCUCGCCACGCAACCGGUGAGCCCGUCGGAGCCCACGGAGACCACGCAAAUGCUCGAGAGCACCGACGAUCGGGAUUCAACUGGUGGAUCAGCCGAGAGAACCGCCACUGAGAGGGCCACUGAGAGGUCCGAACGUAAGAGACCACCGCCCAGACCGAGGGAGUAUUUGUGAAAGUUCUUUUCACGCCAAUUUCGUUUCUGUUUGCUCUCGGACCAAUCUGUCGCGACAACGGGAUUGUUCCGUCACGUUUGAUAGUUUCGCAUCCACGCGAGAAUGCGAGUCCGCCGUACGACGACGCACUCGCGCGCGAUCAUUUUAUCAUAAAUCUGCGUACAUCGAACAACGGCUAACAACAUUUUGUUACUUUUUCGUUCGCAUGCACGUGAUACACACAGAAUAACGCGGUGGAUUCAUCGUCUCGGUGCAAUUGGAAGAUUCAGUCGUUCAGGGUCACACCUCGUGCGCGCGAUGCCAUUCCUCUCGCGUGUGCCUGGAUCCCUUUUGGUGCUGUGCCGGGUAAAGACUCCGUUUCUCCUCCAGUGGCGGACGCCAACGAAUAUAACUUUAUGUUCAUACUCGGAUAAUAUAUAUGCGAUAUAUAUUAUAUAUUGUAUAUUUAAAGAGAAGAGCUCUCUGCAUUUUUCGCUAAUUGCUUUACAAAAUGAGAUGAGGAGAAGGUGAUGAUGAGGAACGAGGAUUCGCCUCGACCUCGAUGAAACGCCGGCGUAAUUCUGCAUGGCCAAAAGUGGCACUGAUUAAUGAGGCAAAUAAACGCACUUUUAAAUACGAAUUACUCGCUUGCGACGGCUUCUUCGAGACACAUCGAAACUCUCUGAGGGAGUACCACUUUAUACACACACACAUACACACACAUAUACACGUAAAAACAUACAUACACACAGUAGAUUGUAGAUUCACGUAUCGCGUAUCGCAUAGCAGACUUCGUGAUAGCAUCACGGCGAUUAUACUAGAUUUUUAAGCCUCUCCGGUCAUGAUCGGAAUGGAUCACGUCGACACCAAGUCGUCUCCCUCGACGAGGCAGCGUGGCGUUUUCUAAUUACUAACCCAGUGCAUUAGCGCGCGUGGUUCGUGACGAAACUUCUAACUUGGUGGUGUCCAACUGAAUCGUCAGAGAUGUGCAGUCCGGGACCGGCCAAGUGUAUUGAAUCUCAGCAGGUACCGUAGAGUCUUUUAAACACUAAGUCACUGUGCGGUAAUUAAUACCUAUAAAGCAGAAUAAAAUUUUACAAAAUUUCUCAGAGAGAGAGAGAGAGAGAAAAAAUAAAAUUUCAUACAAUUAUUCAGAAUAUUUAAAAGAAUUUUCUUUUAUUCUCAUAUUUUUGUUUGAAUGGAAUCAAUCUCAUGAUAUUAAAAGCUUAAUUAAAUGUAUGCCGUUUGAUGGAGAUUAAAGAAUCUGGAGACCAAUUUUUCUGAAAUCUCGGAUAAUAAAUAUAAAAAUUUUUUACUCUUUCUAAGUAAACUAGAGAGCGUUUCCGGAAUCUUUUCUUCAUGGUACGGUAACUGUUUUUUAUGAGAUCAAAUAUACACAUUAUCUUCUCGCUACUCGGAUUUCUAAAUUUUACUUUGUAAAUUUCGUACUUUUUAAGUACUCUUUCGUACUCUUUAAUUUUUAAGACUUGAAUACCUUACAUCCGCCUCUUUGAUCGGUCCCGCACGAGGUCAAUGAAACUAUUCGAGAAAGCCAGGCAGAUAAAUCGAGAUAAUGAUAUUUAUACAUAUUUUCUUAUAGAGAACAAUGACGUGUACUAUCGCAAUAGUAAAGGUACCUGAAUACAAAUUCGAAGGCUUUUAUCGUGUCGAUAAUAAUAAAAUUAUAAUAAAAUAUAAUAAAAUUCUCUUCGAAGGGAAACACAAAUCAAUUUUGACGGGUAGUUUGGGCACCACAUAAGGAACUUAUCUUAAUUGUCUAUCUCACAUCAAUUUAAAUACCGAAUAUUUUUCUUUUUCCUUUGAAUCUAUCAAGCGGAGCUAUCGAAUAAUAUUAAAUAGUUAAAACAAGAGAUCGAGAUAUCCAAAUUGAAUACGAAUCGAAAUAAUCGUCCUGCUCGGCAGACAGUCAAUGGAAUUGCAAAUGUGAUCGCCCUUCUCUCUAAGAUGGAACGGUUAUCACGAUCUGUUGCAUAUUGUAAGUGUGACUUAAGCGCUCUUGAUUGAAACCAAUUCCUAAGAAUCUCGAAUUAAUUUUGCGUCGAAUUUAAUUAUCGAAUUCUUGUUACUACAUUUUUUUUUAUAAAUUUGAACGUUAUGUAUUUUAUUGCAAGUUGCUUUAUUGAGUGACUAAUUAUCAAAAUAUUUCUGACAACGUUUUAUACAUCACUUUGUCAUGUAAUUUUUUAUUAUCUAUUUGAUAAUUAAAUCUUACGUUUAGUAUGACUAAUGAUUAUGAAGAAACAUGAUGUGACUUCAAAGAUUUGCUCGUCAAGUUAAUUCGUCGGGCGAAGUUUCUCGUGUAAAUGAUAUUGUUACGCAGAAAUGGCGCUACGCUUGCAAGUUCGUAUGGCAUGCAUACGAAGCCAAACAGCAAUAUUAGAUGUAUAUAUCUUGUAAUAUGACAUGUAUAUAUAUUUGCGUAAUUACUGACCAUACAAAUAUGGGGAAGCGCGCUGAUACUGCAAGCGGGAAUAGCGUCUUUGCUAAGAGUUUAAUAACCUAACGAGCUGACAAUCAAUUCCUUGCGAAUGCUUAUUAGACCUAAUGAAGCUGAAUUAUUCGUGAUAAGUUUUGAAAGGUUGAUUUGUAUACUAAUAAUUAACAGAAUUGUAUAAUUUCCUGCACUCUUCUUUAUUUAUUUUAUUUCAUUCAAUUUUUCAUAAUUAUGCAGUAGUAGAAAAUUAUUUUUUAUGAGAUUAUAGAGAAUAAUAAGAAAAUAGUUCUAUUUCCAUUUUCAAUGACCACGAAGAGCAAAGGCGCGAUUCUCAUCAUCAAAAUCAUUUGAUCAAAUCGGAAGUACAUAUGCAAAUUUGCGUAUGUACACAUAAAUACACCUCACGUACAUAUAUACACAUAUAUGCGUGUACAUAUAUAAAUAUAAGAGAUAAAGAGAUGAUAAAUCUAUAAUUUCAUGUUAUAAAAGAUGAACUAUCGAACAGUUACGAGAACUUUGUUAAAUAGAUUUUAGAGACAGAAACGAUAUAGCUGGCUCUAUCGUAGUUUAUAUACUUAUACGCAAAGAAAAAGGAUUUAACACUGUUGAAACUGUAGCGAUUAAGCCACGUCUAUCGAUCAUGUUAAAACGCGGUACGCUGAGAUUUUUCAUGCAUCAAUCAUACCGCGCGGCCGUUAUACGCUAUAAAAUGCUCCACUUCUGCAAUUUCAAUUUUCAUCAAGAAUGAGAAUACGACGUUUGCGCGAAGGUAGCUGUGAAUCCGUACGUUUCAAUGACUGGAGUGUGUGUCCCGAUGCAUGUAGAAAACUUGUAUAAUAUAAAUCAUUAAAUUCAAUAAUUUUUAAGUACUUAACUGAGUACUUAAUUGGGUGCUUAACUGAUUACUUAAUCACGUACUUACAAUUAGCUCAGUACUGAAUUGAAUAUUUGGUUGAGUACUUAAAUGAGUAUUUAACUAAGUAUAAUAUCUAACUAAGAGGAAAAAUCUCAUGCCAUAAAAUAUAAUCGAUUAUCGAAUAAUAAGUCGAAUAUUUUUAUAUCGACAUUAUAAUUAACGGAGCUCGCAAGCUAUUUAAGUCUAACUUUUGGAAAAAGCUUCCGUCGUAACAUCAGGAAAGCAAAAUGCCAUGACAAGGUGACAGGUAGCAAGAGUCAUCUUUGCCAAAUUCGAUUCUUUGUACAACAACGUUUGUAGUUUUCUGUAAAAAAAAUUUAGCAAUAAGACGCCCUUUGCCAAUUCCCCCAAUCCAUGUUUUACGCUCCGAAAGACAUAGUGCGGAAAAUGGAGCAAAUGGAAGGAACAAUCGUUAAGUCAUAAUGUAAUAAUGUGGUGGAAGGAAUUUGAGAAAGUAAGGAUCCAGCUGUCAAUUAUUGCUGCCUUUUAUCUUGUCGCACUGAAACUCACGCAGCAUGGAAACGUACGUGACGAAGCCGAAUGGCGAUCCCGCGCCUCAUCGCUUAAUCAAAAUUGUUGUUCACCGAUCGCAAUACCGGUUUAUUCCGCAAUUUCUAUUUGUCAUCACGUGAUAAUACAGCAAGAUACGCUCGCGAUCCAACGAACUGCAAAUAGCAGGAUUUACUUCAUACGAGGAACAACGACAUGAGGAGGCGGCGACGCAAGAAGAUGAAAAAACACGCGCAAAGAACUUCGAUUGCGAUUACUUCGAACGAAGUUCACAAAUAGAUUGAUAUUAACGAGUAAUAUCACCUUUGACCUCCAGAGAAGAUAAUGUCUGUUAACACUGAGAAUUACGGGCGGAUCUAUAUGACAUUACUAUUACGAGGUAUAGAAUUGCUCGUUAAAUAUUGCGCAUGCAAUUUCGCAGGAAAAGUCGCAAAAGAGAAGCAAAUACGAGCGUGUAUAUAACGAGGAGCGCGUACGCUUGCAGGAGGAAGUAAAAUUCUCUUACCGAUCUGCCCUAUACGACCAAAUAAAAUCUUAAUUUCACUUGGUCGUCGCUCGAUCGCGACGAUCGAUACUUUACGCGUGUCGUGGAAACAGAAAUGCAGAAUGCGCGAAUCUUAUUUGCGUGAUUAUUUUCAUCGUUAUAUAAUUAAUUUAACUGCGACAAAGAUGUAAAAAUGCACUACAUAAAGUAAAAUAUAUAUCUAGUUACUUAUGCGAUAUAUCUAAAACUAUUAAGUAAUUGCACUCUGAGCAUCUCGCGAUUCAUAUCGCGCAUCUUUUACCGGGCAGAUCGUUAUUGAAUGUAAAGUUGAGAGAAUCUAAAUGCAAUACGAUGUUACAAUUUUUAUAUCAGCUACUUUGCAAUAAUGUGAACAAUCGCCAUUCGAACGACAAUGUCGUAACACGAGUCGUCGUCUCUGACCUUACGUGCUUACUCGCUCGAAAUAAAGUUUCAAGAAACAAGUCAAUUUUCAGGACUCGUUAAAAUAGCGAGUUUGUUACACGGCACGUGUAAACCCGUAUAUUUUAAUUUUACUACGAAAGCUUUGUUUGAACAACAAUUAUCAGAAGAGAACAAAUUUGCAUAUUAUUAUCAUUAUUAUAUUAAUACACUUUCUGCAUUAAGCAGAAGAAAUUAAUUAGAAUAGAAUGGAGUGUAUUGAAUUUUAUUAUCACGAGAUAAUCCAUCAACAAUGUCCGCGUAUCUUUCGCUGUAUAAAUCUGUUUUAAUUAAAAUCACGAUAGCGACAAUUGAAGUAGUAUUCUUUUUCGUGCGAGAGUAGAUUAAAGUAAACUUUGAAACGAUAUAAUUUAUGUACGUUACCAUUAUUAUGUUAUUAUAUAUCGAGUUGCGACACGCUAAGUAGCAUGUUACAAUCGUCGGGUACGAUCUCGAAAGCUUUAAACACGGAGAAAUUCACAUGACGAAGACGACGACGAAUGUUCGCAGAGACGGUCGAAAAAGUCGUGAUAGAUACCGUACCGAAUUUCAUGAAGAAGAAAAUGGUUGAAAAAGAGUCUAUACAUAUAAUAUAUAUAAAUAGCUACUGAACAGAGAGAAAUACAGAACAAAACUAUAAAUAUAUAAAUAUAUAAAUACAUACGUAUAUAUAUAUUUAUUGAUAGACGGGGGGGAAAAAAGAUUUUUGCUAUAACACUUCGUCCAUUUUUCUAUAUGGGCAGUUCGUUGCACUUGUAACAUAAGUCCUUGGCCUUGUAAAUUAAUUGUCCUCAAUCAUUUCUCCGGCGGGCUGUAUCCCCCGACUUCGCAGUGCCGCAGAAAGUACAUCGAAGAAAUCGAACUUGAUCUCUCCGCCCUCUCUCACCCUCCUCUUCUUAUAUCAUCUCUUCUACGCAAAACUAUUCUACUGAAUGACUAAUCCCUCGGAGUUCGAUUUCUACGAUAGUGGCACUCUUCACGCGGCGACGGAGACUCUUGUUAAGUUUCAAGGCCCCGAAAGGCGAUCUCGGGGAGUGAAUUCAAGUAAGAGUUUGCAAAAGCAAUUUCUGCGCCCACACAUAACUUUAAGUUGGAACGAUCAUUGACGACUGAUAACGUGGACACAUGUCGUAUCUCGGAUGCUGCGAUGUCAAUUCUUGAGUGUGAAUUGUAGUAAGACUAGCGCUAACGUUGCAAAAUGCUACGUUACAAAACGAUCGAUAUUUGUUCGAUGAUUUGUUCGCAUUUCUCAUAGAGAUUGUAAGACGUGUAAGAUCAGGGAAAAGUCGAUUCGCGCGCGACAAACGUUUAGUCUUCCUAUCCCCGAAUUCGCGCGUCUAUUCGAGGUAUUGAUUACGCGAAGAAGGCUGGAACGAAAGAAAGAAAAAGAGAAAGACACGAAAAUUCGUCCAAAAAGGUUACCAACCGAAAUCAUCGUCAAUGAUCGCUCGGAAAAUAUCCUUGAGAAUCAAGUUGUACCAUCGAACGAAGCCUGGCUAGAAUACUCAAUGAAAAAAAAGCUGCUUUCAAACUUAUAAUAAAAACAUUGAAAC